AUGACCAUGGACUGGAGGAAAAGCACUGCCGUGCUCGGCUUCCUGUCGACAUUGGCCUCUGCCCAGACGACUCGCGUUGUCACUGUCGCUGUGUAUCAAUGCAGUGGUAGCACUGUCGGCUUUCCCUCGACCAUCAGCUAUGCCACAAACCCUGCAAGCUCGGCCGCUACGCCAUACACCACGACCAUUGCCCCAAGUGGCACAAACCCAGGCUCUGUGGUUGUUGUAACGCCCAGUGGCUAUACCGGAACCCUACCGCCCUACACAACGGUGUACGGUAGCUACUCAGGAGUCUCCGUCUUGACAGAAGACUUCACGUACUCCACUGCGUUUCCAGCAGGAGCAUCUCAGGGUGUCUACUAUGUCUAUCGACCUCCCCAACGAUACGUGACCUUGACGGAAUAUCAAACUGGCGGCACGGCUUAUACCUCGGUCGUCACACGCACGGUUCCCCCAUCCGGCACUAUGCCUGGAUACUACAUCAUUCAGACGCCAUCGCCCACCAGCAACCCAGGCAACCCGCCGGCGUAUACCGCACCUACCAAUUCGAUGUCCUCCAGCAUGAACACACCGCCGACUGGUCCGGUCUCUUCAACAACGAGCCCGGGAGCCCCGCCCGCUUACACUGAUCCUGCCAUGUCCUCAAUGGCCUCCAUGAUGAGCUCGGUGUCAUCUUCGUCUAGCAUGAUGAGUGCUCCAGCCCCACCCGCUUACACCGAUCCUGCAAUGUCGUCAAUGGCCUCAUCGAUGAGCUCUUCCAUGAGCUCCAUGAUGUCUUCCAUGACCAGCGCUGCUCCAUCGGGUGUCGGACCUCCUCCGUCAUACGACGCUCUGCCUCCGUGCGGUGAGCCUACCUGCGAGGUAGGAGCCACCAACUCUACUCUUUGCAACAGCGAAUAUGGCAAUGCAUUCAACACCACUUGCGGCGUGGUCUACACGGGUAGAACGCCCAAGCGAGCGACAACAGAUUCGGCCAGUGCUUGCGCAAGAGAGUGCGACUUGACUCCCGGAUGCGUGGCGUACAACUACAUGGCGGAUAUGGACGUCGACAACUGCGAGAUCCUGGACCAAGUCACUGGUAGUGAACCAUCUGAUGGCUCGGUCGGCGGCACGAGGCCAACGGAGAACCCUAAGCCUGUCAACAGCACGCCUCCCAGCUACUCCUCUGCUGGAGAACCACCCCAGUACACAGUCCCGCAGUCACCGUCGACUACCUCCAUGAGUCCCUUGGCGACAAUCACACCGUCCAUGCCGAUGUCGACGGGAGGCUCAAUGACUCCCGGGUUAAACCUAACUACACUCCUGCCCAGCUACAUUUUCCCGGGUGAAAGCCCCAGUCGGUCUUCAUCCGAAUCCGCGGUUGAGACUGUUGAAAUUCCAUCGACCUAUUCAGAGCCCAGCCAGAGCGGCGUCCUGCCGCCGCUCUACUCCGCACCGAGCAGCUCCAUGAUGAUCUCUAGCAUGUCUCCGUCCGAGACGAUCCCAUACAUCACGUCGGAAGGACCUAUCUUCGAGCCCACGCCCUCGAGCAGCUCUAUGAUGAUGAGCAGUGUGGAAACGACAGCUACGACAAUUUCAGGCAUUCUUCCACCACUCUACUCCGAGCCCGCGGUCUCGAGCAGCUCUAUGAUGAUGAGCAGUGCUACAUCAUCGGGAUCGACAGCUACGACGAUUUCAGGCAUCCUUCCACCACUCUACUCUGAGCCGGCAGCUGUCAGCUCGAGUGGCAACGGAGCACCACCUGCCUACACUGGUCCGCCCACUGUUAGCAGCUCCACUUCGACGGCCAGCUCGACCUCGAGCUCGACUUCGAGAGGCAACGGAGCACCACCUGAAUAUACUGGUCCACCGACAAGCACUUACCGCGCACCGACUACAACGACGACCACUACUGGAGCGCCAAACGGUCCUCCGCCUGCUUACACUGGGCCUAUCACCACCACAACCACGCGUCCAUUCACGACCACAACCACCACAGCUCCAGGCUACGUCGAGCCAACCCCCGAAUUCACCCGCCCCGAACCCGCCGGCACCAGCAUCUCAACCACCACCACCGAAUCCUGCGCUUCCACUCCAUCCCUCACAUCCGUCACCUUCCGCGAACGCAUCGUCACCGUUUUCGGCGAGUCCGUCAACAUCUUCGGCAGCAUCGAGCAACUCGCCACCUGGAACGUCGACAAUGCACCAGCCCUCAGCUCAGCAAACUACACCGACCCGGACCCGAUCUGGUUCUACACGGUCAGCCUGCCGGUCGCGUUGUCCUUUGAGUACAAGUACUACCGGAGGUACACGAACGGAUCCAUCCAGUAUGAGGCCGAUCCGAACAGGGUCUACACCGUGCCGGGGAAUUGCGCGGGAGCGGUGACUGUGAAUGAUGUUUUCCGUCCAGAUGCAGAGGAGACGGGAGGAGAGGAGGAGCAAGUGGAUUAG